CUCCAGAGGCAAGCACACUGUCACAUGCACCUAAUGAAAGAGGGGGUCUUAGUUACCGCAGAAUAAAACAGAGACAACACAGAGAGAGAUAAAAAAGAGAAAAAAGGAAGGAGCGUUUAUUCAUUUAUUUUAAGUUUUGGCUUUUUGAUUUUCUGAUUUAUUUUCUCUCUCCCAUUCCCUUCCUCUCCCACCCACUAUGCCUUCAGAAAUUACGUGUGAGAUGCGAGACCGGGCUUAUCGCAUAUGCAGGGACUAUCUCCACGGUGCCUGGAAGCUUAUCGCCCCACCCGACAUGAUCCUCAAGCAAAUAAGCGGCGGCCUGUCCAACCUGCUGUACUACUGCGCCCUGCCGCCCUCGCAUCCGCCGCAGGGACCCGAGCCCUCCGAAUGCCUGCUCAGGAUCUACGGCCAGGUGCACGGAGAGGACGGCCUGGAGUCGGUGCUGGCGGAGAGCGUCAUUUUCGCGCUUCUGUCCGAGCGGCGCCUGGGACCUCGCCUCUACGGGGUCUUCCCGGGAGGGCGCCUCGAGCAGUACAUUCCGGCACGUUCCCUCUUCACCUCAGAGCUGGCAGACCCUAACCUGUCCGCUAUUAUCUCCACCAAAAUGGCCCGUGUUCAUGCCCUCAAUGUGCCUAUCAGCAAGGAACCCUCAUGGAUUUGGAACACCAUGGAUAAGUGGCUGAAGUCGAGUCAAGAUUUUCUAAACAACAGAUCAGUGAAUGAGAGAGAAGAUGUUCAGAAAAUUGCAAAACUACAACUGUUUAACUUCCAAAAGGAAAUGGAUUUCUUGCGUAAAGUUGUAGCAAAGGUUCAGUCGCCCGUGGUAUUCGCACAUAACGACAUGCAGGAAGGUAAUAUCUUGCUCAAUACUCAUGCCAAGACAAGAGAUGAUCAAGUGUGUCUGAUUGACUUUGAGUAUUGCUCAUAUAAUUACCGUGGUUUUGACGUGGCCAAUCACUUCUGUGAGUGGGUCUAUGAAUACAAACUCCCGGUCGACCCAUACUUCACGGUGGCUCGAGAAAACUAUCCCGGAAAGGACAAACAGUUAUUCUUCAUAAGAUCAUAUUUGGAGGCAUAUGAAGCGGCAAGGAGACGAAAGAUUGUACAGCCCACAAAUGCCAUUGAGGACUCGCACCAUAUCUCCUCAGUAAGUGUCCUCAGCCAGAACAACAGAAUGAUGAGCAACAUGGCGGCACCUCCCCACCCAGCAGAGGACAAGCUCCUUGCCGAGGUUCAGGUGUUCACUCUGGUGUCUCACCUUUUCUGGACUCUCUGGUCUAUUGUCCAGAGCCAGGUCUCCACCAUUCCAUUUGGAUAUACUGAUUAUGCUAUUGUCAGAAUGGAGCACUACUUGGAGGACAAAGCAAACCUAAAUGUGGAUAUCAUCAACAAGCGCAAAUCAGAAGCAAUGUGUGAAGAUGAAUAAAAAACAGUGGAAAGGAAGGAGAGAAAGAAAAACAAAAAGGUCAUCUUGGAAAUAUGUUCUGCGUGAUAUUGUGCAAUCUGUUUUGUACAACAUGGCUGGUGCUGUGCCCUCUUAGCAUGUAAGGAUGUGAUCUCUCGAAGUGAUAAUAUUAUUGCAUACAUGAUACAUAUAUGAUAUAUCAGUACAUGACAUAUAAAUCAAUAAAUAGUACACAACACAUAAUACAUUAAUACAUCAAACAGUAUAUUGAUAUUUUACAUACAUUAGAUAUUAUAUGAUACAUUAUCACUGAGAGUUCCAUGAAGCUACCCAUCUCAAUCACAAUGGUGUACCUGAGAUUCUUUACAGAUCUGCUUGUGCAAUCAUUUUGUGAUGGAAUAUGCUUGGGUAAUGAAAAAAAAAAAAAAAAAAUGAAAUUAAGAAAGAAAAAAGAAAAGAGAUGUACACUUGUUACAUGCAGAGCUACACUGUGAACACCAAGUUGGUGCUGUGAUGUACAUUCUUGCUCUGUGAUGUCUUGUUACAAAUUCAUUUUGGAAUGAAGUUUCAAGUAAAAAUUGUUCUUUCUUGUAUAUAAUGUGUAAAAUGUACAAUCUGUUUUUUUGUAACUUUGUUGGAAAGGUGUUGGUGUUUGGUAACUGAAUCGCACUCCAUGUCUGAAGGAAGGCAACAUUCACUGAGUGCAGUCAGUGCUAUUCAUGAGGUGGUUCUUGCCUAAUAUAAGCAGCUUUCUGAAUACAGUAUUGAUGGUGAUAUAUAGUACAUAUUUACUGAAGAAGCAGCAGUGUGUCCUUCAUGAUGCAUUGUCAAUUUUGCCAGGUUAUAAAGAGUAUUGUAUUCAGUUGUAAAUAUUGUUUAAGGAUAUCUAAUGAACUGUAGAUUUAAUUUCAAGUUCUAAAAUGCAAGUUGAAUGGCUCUUCCAUUCACAAGGGAUCAUAAAUUGUUUUUAGUCUUGAAAUAAUGUGUUUUUCAACAUAUUUGUCUUAGACCUAUGCUUCUGAGAGGUUGGUAAUAUUUUGACACAAUAUUUCCGUUUCAGGUAUUAUUCAGAAAAUUACAAAAAAAUAUUUGUUUUGAAAUGUCUUUGCUCACACUGCAUAUAAACAGUUUUGUUACAAGAGUGUCAGUGAAAUCGUUUUGGGAUAUAUAUGACUUAUAUUAUUUGCAUGUGUUGUCAUUACAAGUACUGUACCAUGGAUUUCAAUUAUUUUUAUAUUUGAUGAAAUGUGAUUUUACUUCAUUGUGCUAUAAGAACAUUUUUUGUAAUUAUUGUUAUAAUGAAUGUUAUGCUUUGAACUUUUAAAUAAAGUAUCCAGCAGAUUUGAUUUGUA